AUGUCCACUCCUGAGAUGUAUAACUGCGAGGACGAGAACUCGCCUGUAACCAAGCUGAGUGAACCCUUGCAGGCGACUGAUUUACGCGACGACGAUGAGGCCAGGGCGCCGUCUUUAGCUACUGAAGACUCCCUUAAAACUUCGGCCCCGAGUACUCCUUACACCACCCCGGAUGACGAUAAUCCAAUGCGUAAUAUUGCUGCGGAAACAAUGGUAGUUUUGCGAACGAAUACGGGCUGUCUCAAGUAUCUGCCUUUGCAGCGCAAAAAAAUCGUUGCGCGCAAAGGUGUUACAUUCACCAUGAUGGUGGCCGGGGAGAGCGGCUUGGGUAAAACAACUUUCGUAAACACUCUGUUCCGGGAUCAAAUUACCGACACCUCGGUAUCGGUGUCAGUAUCUGAGCGGGUGGAAGGUAGCCUGUUUGAUAAGACGACUAAGUUGAAUAUUCGUCAGGUCGAGUACACCGAGAACGGAUUCACAGGCCGGUUUACAAUUGUAGAGUCCUCAGGGCUGGGUGAUUACACCAACAACAAAUCAGCGUGGCUUCCGCUAUGCCAGUACAUCGACUCUCAACAUGCUCUCUACAUGUGCGAGGAGGAACAACCAUUCCGUGAAGAGCUUGUAGACACAAGGGUACACGUUUGUUUGUAUUUUAUUUAUCCCAGUGGCCAUGGACUCCUACCUUUGGAUAUCAUAACGAUGCAAGAACUGUCACAACGGGUGAACUUGAUUCCUGUUGUGGCCAAAGCCGAUAGCUUCUGUAAGGAGGACUUGCUUAAUUUCAAGCGCUCAAUUCGGCAGGCCAUUCAAGAGCACGAGAUCAGUGUCUUUUGUCCUCCUGCAAACUCCAGCGUUGGCAAGGCCAUGGAGCCCAUCUGGCCCUACGCCGUGAUUGCCAGCGAAAAGACUGUUAACGUGAACGGAGAGGAGGCUCGUGGCCGGAGAUACAGAUGGGGGGUAUCUUUAGUCGAUGAUCCUGAGCACUGUGACUUUACGAGUUUGAGUGAAGUCCUUAUGGGCAAGAACAUGCUUGACCUAAUCGAUACGACACACGAAGUGCAUUACGAGCGACAGCGACGGCUUCUCAUGCAGCAGCGGCUCAAGGCCAGUACAGACCUUCAAAAGAAAGAGCGGGAAGCCGAAGAAAGUGCUAAUGCUUUAACUAAGGGCCCUACUGAGAAAAAGAGCGUCACUUUUAUGAGCCCGGUUGUCGAUAACGCCGACACCAUGGCUAUUGAUCGAUACAACAGCCUCGAGCUGUUGGCCAAGGUUAUGCCCUUUGGGUAUGAUUAUCUUAGGAAAAAUCGACUGGAGCACAAUUCGCUGUUUCUCCAACGCGUUCGCUGCGCUCAGGAAGAGAUGGGCCGAGUGUCUGCGCUUCAGGAGACUCACUUUAAAAAGUGGAAUGAAGAGCUCAGACAGGCCAAAGAGGCGUGCCAACACGAGCUUGAUGGGCUGUAUCGUGAAGUGGAAUCUCUGCAGCAUGCAGUGGGUGCUUUAGAUAGUCGUCGCCGACACCAUUAA